UCUAGGGCAAUUAUUUCCAGUGGCAGAUCUAAUAAUAGAUGUUUCCAAAUAAUCAAAACAGUUCUGGAAACCAUGGUAUCUAUCUCCUAUUCUUCUAAAGCGCGGAAGACAGUUGGUUGUGGUUCUAUUCCGUCACUACAGGUCCAACGGUGUGUUCUCUCAGUUAAUUUCCUUACCUGCUGGUCACCAACGCAAAAUAUCUCCCUUCUGUGGACCGCACAAGGCUAUGAUGCAGCUGCUGGGAUUGAUGAUUGUGCAGCGUUUGAUCGCCUACAAGUACAGCGAUUCAAUCUAAUCUUAUUCCUCUCGACUCCUUCAGUUUGCCCGUCCACAUUACCAUGGCUUCUGAGGUUCCAAUUGUGGAAGUAAAACCAAACACCCGGGGCUGGACCUGUCGUGUGACAUUGAUCGAAAAACAAAAUGUCCGCACGGCCAAAAGAUCACCCUUAAAGUUUAUGCCAAUGAUCUUGCAAGAUUCCACUGGCACCAAAGUCCAGGCUACUGCAUUCCAGGGCGAUAUAGAAGGGAUUGAUCAACGCUUGACCCUGUAUUCAACCUACCUCGUCUCAGAUGCCUAUGUGAAGACAAUAGCUGACAUGCGUUUCAACGUAGAUGAUACAUACCCAUAUGUUUGGUCAUUGAACAGGCGCACACUAAUUCAGGAUGUGGAUAUAUCAGAAGGGCCUAACUACCGCAAAAUUGCUGAAGCAGAAACUACACCAUUUGGAGACAUCUUUACCAGUUUUCUCCAUGAUACACGAAUCAAUAUAUUGGCUGCAA